AUGGCAGAAGCUGAGGGAGGAGCGAGCGAGCAAGAUGAUGUUUCAUUCUUGCGUACGGAAGACAUGGUGUGCUUGUCUUGCACAGCCACCGGAGAGCGCGUGUGUUUGGCAGCCGAGGGCUUUGGUAACCGACACUGCUUCCUAGAGAACAUUGCCGAUAAGAACAUACCACCCGACUUGUCGCAAUGCGUAUUCGUCAUUGAACAGGCGUUGUCAGUAAGAGCCUUGCAGGAGCUAGUAACAGCUGCUGGUUCUGAAACUGGUAAAGGAACCGGUUCUGGUCACCGCACGCUCUUGUACGGUAACGCUAUUCUCCUGCGGCAUCUCAACAGUGAUAUGUACCUCGCAUGUCUAUCCACAUCUUCGUCUCAAGACAAGCUAGCGUUUGACGUCGGUUUGCAAGAACAUUCACAGGGAGAAGCUUGUUGGUGGACCCUGCAUCCAGCUAGCAAGCAAAGGUCUGAGGGUGAGAAGGUUCGAGUUGGUGACGACUUGAUUCUGGUCUCCGUCGCCACUGAGAGAUAUUUGCAUACAACGAAAGAAAAUGAAGUAUCAAUAGUGAAUGCUUCGUUCCACGUGACGCACUGGUCGGUUCAGCCUUACGGCACUGGUAUAUCACGUAUGAAGUACGUGGGAUAUGUCUUUGGGGGUGAUGUGCUCAGGUUCUUCCACGGGGGUGAUGAGUGUCUCACUAUACCCAGUACUUGGACUCAGGAUGGGGGGCAAAAUAUCGUGGUCUACGAAGGCGGUUCCGUCAUGUCUCAAGCCCGAUCUCUGUGGAGGCUAGAACUGGCACGCACAAAGUGGGCAGGAGGUUUUAUCAACUGGUACCAUCCCAUGCGGAUUAGGCACAUCACUACUGGCCGAUAUCUGGGGGUCAACGAUCAGAACGAGCUGUAUUUAGUUAGCAGGGAAGAAGCCACCACAGCCUCGUGUGCCUUCUGUCUACGCCAAGAGAAAGAUGAUCAGAAGCAGGUGCUAGAAGACAAGGACCUCGAGGUGAUCGGUGCGCCUAUCAUCAAAUAUGGUGACUCUACCGUCAUCGUUCAGCACUCGGAGACUGGGCUCUGGUUAUCUUAUAAGUCAUACGAAACUAAGAAGAAAGGCUUAGGCAAGGUAGAAGAGAAGCAGGCUAUAUUGCAUGAGGAAGGUAAGAUGGACGACGGGUUGGACUUCUCAAGGUCGCAGGAAGAAGAGUCUCGCACCGCCAGGGUCAUCAGGAAAUGUUCCUCGCUCUUCACUAAAUUCAUUAAUGGUCUUGAAACACUUCAAGAGAACCGCCGUCACUCGAUGUUCUUCGCGUCGGUGAAUCUUAAUGAAAUGGUGAUGUGUCUUGAGGAUCUCAUCAACUACUUCGCGCAACCAGAUGAGGAUAUGGAACAUGAAGAAAAACAAAACAAGUUCCGCGCUCUCCGUAAUCGCCAAGAUCUGUUCCAAGAGGAAGGCAUCUUGAACCUCAUUCUGGAAGCCAUAGACAAGAUCAACGUCAUCACAUCGCAAGGAUUUCUGGCUGGUUUCCUGGCUGGAGACGAAUCGGGUCAGAGUUGGGAGAUGAUAUCCGGAUAUUUAUACCAAUUGCUUGCCGCCAUCAUCAAAGGCAACCACACAAACUGUGCCCAGUUCGCUAAUUCGAACCGCCUCAACUGGCUGUUCUCGCGUCUCGGCUCGCAAGCGUCGGGCGAGGGAACCGGCAUGUUGGACGUAUUACAUUGCGUGCUGAUCGAUUCGCCUGAAGCUCUGAACAUGAUGCGGGACGAACACAUAAAAGUAAUCAUAUCACUGCUGGAGAAGCAUGGCCGCGACCCCAAAGUGCUGGAUGUGCUGUGUUCCCUUUGUGUGGGUAACGGUGUGGCUGUCAGAUCUUCACAGAAUAACAUCUGUGAUUAUUUGCUACCGGGCAAGAAUCUUCUGCUACAAACGCAGUUGGUUGAUCAUGUGUCCAGUGUUCGCCCAAACAUUUUUGUGGGUCGUGUAGAAGGUUCUGCAGUAUACAGGAAAUGGUACUUCGAAGUGACGAUGGACCAUAUAGAGAAGACCACGCAUAUGAUGCCACAUCUAAGAAUUGGAUGGGCCAACACGACUGGCUACGUUCCAUACCCGGGUGGUGGAGAGAAGUGGGGUGGUAAUGGCGUCGGAGACGAUCUGUACUCUUUCGGUUUCGAUGGAGCAUUCCUUUGGUCAGGGGGUCGCAAGACGCGAGUCAACAGGGCAGACGCUGAAGAGCCGUACAUUAGAAAAGGUGAUGUGAUCGGCUGUGCGUUGGAUUUGACAGUGCCAAUCAUCAACUUUAUGUUUAACGGUGUGAGGGUUACGGGAUCCUUCACUAACUUCAACCUGGAGGGGAUGUUCUUCCCUGUCAUCAGUUGUUCCAGCAAAUUAAGUUGUCGUUUCCUGUUGGGUGGUGAACAUGGCCGUCUCCGUUACGCAGCUCCUGAGGGUUACUCCCCCUUAGUGGAGUCCCUGCUCCCGCAGCAGAUCCUGAGCUUGGAGCCCUGCUUCUAUUUUGGGAAUUUAUCGAAACGGGCGCUGGCCGGUCCACCAUUAGUUCAAGAUGAUACUGCAUUUGUACCCACGCCUGUUGAUACUUUGCAGAUAACAUUACCGUCAUAUGUUGAACAAAUCAGAGACAAGUUAGCUGAAAAUAUUCACGAGAUGUGGGCCAUGAACAAGAUUGAAGCAGGUUGGAUGUACGGAGACCAAAGAGACGACCUACACAAAAUACAUCCCUGCCUUGUCCCGUUCGAGCGCUUGCCUGCCGCUGAAAAGCGAUACGACAUUCAACUAGCUGUACAAACACUUAAAACGAUCCUGGCUCUUGGUUACUACAUAAGUUUGGAUAAGCCCCCGGCCCGUAUACGUAACGUGCGUCUACCGAACGAGCCAUUUAUGCAGUCGAAUGGCUAUAAGCCAGCACCAUUGGAUUUGAGUGCUGUCACCCUGACACCGAAAAUGGACGAAUUAGUCGACCAGUUGGCAGAAAACACCCACAAUCUCUGGGCAAGAGAGAGGAUACAGCAGGGAUGGACUUAUGGACUUAAUGAGGACCCGGAUAUGCACCGUUCUCCUCACCUGGUACCAUACCCCAAAGUGGACGAUGCAAUCAAGAAAGCCAACAGAGACACUGCUUCGGAGACAGUAAGAACUCUUCUUGUCUACGGAUACAACUUGGAUCCACCCACUGGAGAACAGCAUGAAGCGCUUUUAGCCGAAGCUUCGAAACAAAAACAAGCUGAUUUUAGGACGUACAGAGCGGAGAAGAACUACGCGGUUGGCUCCGGUAAAUGGUACUUCGAGUUUGAAAUACUCACGGCUGGACCUAUGAGGGUCGGUUGGGCACACGCCGAUAUGCCCCCGGGUAUGAUGCUUGGCCAAGAUGAAAACUCUUGGGCGUUCGACGGAUACAAUUCACAAAAAGUGCACGGCGGUUCGAGCGACACAUUCGGGCUGCAGCUCAAAGUGGGCGACAUUGUGGGGUGCUUCCUCGACGUGCUCGAUCAGACCAUUAAAGGUAAAAAACAAUUUUUCCCAACUUUCAAGGAGGAAAAGGUAUUCAGCGGUAGCACAGAGUCUUUCGGCAAGCAAUGGGCAGUCGGUGAUGUUGUUGGAGUGUUCCUAGAUCUCAUUGAUAAGACGAUAAGUUUCUCUCUAAACGGUGAACUCCUAAUGGAUGCCCUUGGAGGAGAGACCACGUUUGCUGACGUCCAAGGAGACAAUUUUGUUCCUGCUUGCACUUUGGGAGUGGGACAAAAGGCUAGGUUAACAUAUGGCCAAGAUGUGAACUCACUGAAGUACUUCACCACAUGUGGUCUACAGGAGGGAUACGAACCGUUUUGUGUGAACAUGAAGCGUGACGUCACACACUGGUACACCAAAGAUCAGCCGAUCUUCGAAAACACAGACGAGAUGAUUGAUACUAGGAUCGACGUCACGAGGAUACCAGCUGGUUCCGAUACACCACCAUGCCUUAAGAUUUCCCACAACACGUUCGAAACAAUGGAGAAGGCUAACUGGGAGUUCUUGCGACUUUCUUUACCUGUUAUUUGCCAUUCGGAAUUUAUUGAUGAGGCAGAAAAAGCUCGGCGCUGGGUAGAAAUCAAAGAACGCCAGCAAAUGCUAAUGAAGGAAGCUGUUGAAGCUCAGAUGCCAGCACACAUCGACCAGAUCAUGAGGAGUGGUUUCACAAUGAACGAUAUCAAAGGUAUGACGUACGAAGAAGUUCCUGAUGAGGUGGUUAGCAGUUCCAAGUCUAAGAGACUGCCUUCACGACCGCCGCGGAAGGGCUCCAUAACCAGAGGUGUUACUAUACAAAAUUACAAUUUGCAACCAGGCCAAGUAAACGGUAUGCAUCGGACAACUAGCGAAGCUGAAAUGUCACAUUAUGAUCUUGGAAACCAAACCUUAUCACCUGAUGAUAAGAAAGACAAACGGGGAAGGUCGCCUUUCAAGUUCUUUAGAAGCAAACGCACUGAAAGCGGAGAUCGUGCUAAAACUCGCAAAUCCAAAACGCCAGAUCCGUUCAGUGAUACCGAAGUAUCGCCUGAACGAGGCCACAGAAGACCUCACCCACAGAUCAAGGUCUCACAGGCGAAUCAAAGGUAUAACGGCAUGCAACCACGCGCCAGCCGACCUAACUUGUAUGGAAGCCAAGUUGGGCUGAAUAUGGCGACACCUACUCAAGAUCGCAAACAGAUGACAACAAGCACGCUCACCGCGGUCACGACCGAAACGGUGGGCAAUGAGAUCUUCGACGCAGAGUGCCUGAAACUCAUUAAUGAGUACUUCUAUGGUGUCAGGAUAUUCCCCGGUCAAGAUCCGACACACGUGUACAUCGGCUGGGUGACAACACAAUACCACCUCCACUCCAAGGAUUUCAACCAGAGCAAAGUCACCAAGUCCUCCGUCAUUAUCACCGACGAAUACGACAGGGUUAUUGAGAGUGUAAACCGUCAAUCCUGCUACAUGGUCCGAGCUGAUGAGCUCUACAAUGAAGUGAUGGCCGAGGCCACUGCCAAAGGAGCCUCCCAAGGAAUGUUUAUUGGCUGCAGUGUGGACUCCUCGACUGGGACUGUCUCGUUCACUUGUGAGGGAAAAGAUACUAGCAUCAAGUUUAAGAUGGAGCCAGAAAUUAAGUUGUUCCCUGCUAUCUUCGUCGAAGCUACAUCUAGAGAAAUACUACAGAUUGAGCUUGGCAGGUCGUCGACGAGUUUACCACUAUCGGCCGCAGUGCUCCCAACUAGCGACAAGCACGUCAUACCGCAAUUCCCGCCAAGACUCAAGAUUCAGUGUUUGAAGCCACAUCAAUGGGCUAGGGUGCCAAACCAAUCGCUUCAAGUACACGCUCUGAAGCUAUCAGACAUCCGCGGUUGGUCUAUGCUGUGUGAGGACGCUGUCUCUAUGCUUGCUUUACAUAUACCUGAGGAGGACCGGUGCAUCGACAUUCUGGAGCUAAUAGAAAUGGACAAACUGCUUAGUUUUCACUCGCAUACCCUCACACUCUACGCAGCAUUGUGUUACCAGAGUAACUACAGAGCCGCGCACGCUCUGUGCACGCACGUAGACCAGAAGCAGCUCCUGUACGCAAUUCAAUCCCAGUACAUGUCGGGGCCGUUACGUCAAGGGUUUUAUGACCUUCUCAUCGCAUUGCAUUUAGAGUCGCAUGCCACUACUAUGGAGGCGUGUAAAAACGAGUUUGUGAUACCUCUUGGACCAGAAUUGAAGGCGUUGUACGACGAGCCCGACAUGGGCCACAGCUUGAGGUCUCUGCAGACAGAGAGUGUUAGACCACAGAUGAAGAUGACAGACAUCGCUGAGAGCAUUACAGACAUCAGUAACCUGUACUCGCCGUACUUCCCGCUGGAAGUAGUUCGCGAGUUCGUGAUGCAAGCUCUGGCCGAGGCAGUGGAGACCAACCAAGUACACAACAGGGACCCCGUGGGAGGCAGUAAUGAGAAUCUGUUCUUACCUCUCAUCAAGUUAGUAGACCGUCUCCUGCUAGUCGGUAUGAUGCGUGACGAAGACGUGGAGAAGCUGCUCAUAAUGACCAACCCUGAAACUUGGGACCCUACCUUUGAUAAAGAAGGCAAAGACGAGCAUCGCAAAGGCCUCCUCCACAUGAAAAUGGCGGAGGGCGCUAAACUACAAAUGUGUUACUUACUACAACAUCUGAACGACAUACAGCUCAGACACAGGGUUGAGGCCAUCAUCGCCUUCGCACACGACUUCGUGGGGGAUCUGCAGACUGAUCAACUGAGACGUUACACGGAGAUCAAACAGUCGGACCUGCCCAGCGCUGUGGCCGCCAAGAAGACGAGAGAGUUCCGUUGUCCACCGCGGGAACAGAUGAACGCUAUUUUGAGUUUCAAGCACAUGGAAGAUGAAGACAAAGAGAACUGUCCUUGCGGUGAGGAGUUGAUCGCAAGAAUGAAUGAUUUUCAUGAGAGUCUGAUGGGACAUGUCUCGCUCAAUGCUUUGCAGGAGCCCGACGGACAGGAACUUACGGAACCGGAGACAAAAACAGGCGCUUUCAGUAAACUAUAUAACAUUAUAAACACUGUGAAGGAACUAGAAGAAGAAGGCAAGUCGCUUGAAGAGGAGCCCAGAAAGACUCCCGAGGAGAAGUUCCGAAAGGUUCUGAUACAGACCAUUUUUAACUGGGCGGAGGAGUCGCAGAUCGAAACGCCUAAACUCGUCAGAGAAAUGUUCAGUCUACUUGUACGUCAAUACGAUGCUGUCGGCGAGCUGAUCCGUGCUCUAGAGAAGACCUAUGUCAUUAACGCAAAGACUAAACUAGACGUGGCCGAAAUGUGGGUGGGCCUUAGUCAGAUACGAGCGUUACUGCCUGUACAGAUGAGUCAAGAAGAAGAAGAACUGAUGAGGAAGAGACUCUGGAAACUCGUCAACAAUCACACUUUCUUCCAGCAUCCAGAUUUGAUCCGAGUGUUGCGUGUGCACGAGAACGUGAUGGCGGUGAUGAUGAAUACGCUCGGACGACGUGCGCAAGCGCAGUCCGACGCGCAGCCCACGUCGCAGCCCGUUGCAGAAGACAGCAAAGAGAAGGACACUUCUCACGAGAUGGUCGUAGCCUGCUGUCGUUUCCUGUGCUACUUCUGCCGUACUGGCCGUCAGAACCAAAAGGCCAUGUUCGACCACUUUGACUUUUUGCUCGAGAACUCCAAUAUUCUGCUCGCCAGGCCAUCCUUAAGGGGUUCCACCCCUCUAGAUGUGGCUUAUUCCAGUUUGAUGGAGAAUACGGAAUUGGCUCUGGCUUUAAGAGAACACUACUUGGAGAAGAUUGCAGUCUACCUGUCGCGGUGCGGUCUGCAAAGCAACUCGGAACUGAUCGAAAAAGGAUAUCCUGAUCUCGGCUGGGAUCCAGUCGAGGGUGAACGAUAUCUGGAUUUCUUACGUUUCUGUGUCUGGGUAAACGGUGAGAGUGUAGAAGAAAACGCGAAUUUAGUGAUCCGACUCCUCAUCCGACGUCCAGAGUGCCUCGGUCCAGCUCUUAGGGGCGAAGGAGAAGGUCUACUGAAAGCCAUUGUCGACGCCAACAAGAUGAGUGAGAGAAUCGCAGACAGAAGGAAACUAAGAGAGAUAGAACAGGAGGGUGAUGUUAGUUUCAGCCACCCCCUACCGGAAUCGGAUGAAGACGAGGACUACAUCGACACGGGCGCUGCUAUCCUGAACUUCUACUGCACGCUCGUGGACCUGCUCGGCCGCUGCGCGCCUGAUGCUGCCGUCAUUGCACUCGGUAAAAAUGAAUCCCUGCGAGCUCGCGCUAUUCUACGUUCUUUGGUACCUUUGGAAGACCUUCAGGGCGUACUCAGCUUACGAUUCACUCUAAACAAUCCGGCUGCUGGAGAAGAACGUCCUAAGUCUGAUAUGCCAUCAGGUCUAAUCCCCGGUCACAAGCAAAGCGUUGGACUGUUCUUAGAAAGAGUAUAUGGUAUUGAAACUCAAGAGCUGUUUUACAAAUUACUGGAGGAGGCCUUCUUGCCUGAUCUGAGAGCGGCGACCAUGUUGGACAGGAAUGACGGUUGCGAAUCUGACAUGGCGUUGUCCAUGAACCGUUACAUCGGCAAUUCUAUCCUGCCACUGCUAAUUAAACACGCGUACUUCUACAACGAAGCGGAGAACUACAGCAGCUUGUUGGAUGCCACACUUCACACAGUGUACAGGUUAUCGAAGAACCGCAUGUUAACCAAGGGUCAACGUGAGGCGGUGUCAGACUUCUUGGUUGCCCUCACAUCAGCGAUGCAGCCCUCCAUGUUGUUGAAACUAUUGAGGAAACUAACAGUCGACGUCUCCAGACUCUCUGAGUAUACUACUGUAGCUCUUAGACUGUUGACCCUUCACUACGAGCGCUGCGCCAAGUACUACGGGUCGACGGGCGGGCAGGGCCUGUACGGCGCCUCGUCCGACGAGGAGAAACGACUCACCAUGAUGCUGUUCUCCAACAUCUUCGACUCGCUCAGCAAGAUGGACUACGAACCUGAACUCUUCGGGAAAGCGCUGCCUUGUCUCAUUGCUAUAGGUUGUGCUCUGCCACCUGAUUACUCUCUCUCCAAGAACUACGAUGACGAGUUCUACAGCAAGGAACAGACGACCACAGGUGGUUCAGACAACCCACAAUACGACCCUCAGCCCAUUAACACGUCAUCUGUAGCGUUAAACAACGACCUAAACACCAUAGUACAGAAGUUCUCGGAGCAUUACCACGAUGCGUGGGCGUCGAGAAAGAUCGAGAACGGAUGGGUGUACGGAGAGUCCUGGUCGGACUCGCAGAAGUCCCAUCCGCGACUCAAGCCUUACAACAUGCUUAAUGAUUACGAGAAAGAGCGAUACAAGGAACCAGUUCGUGAGUCUCUGAAGGCUCUCCUCGCUAUCGGCUGGUCGGUGGAACAUUCCGAAGUAGACAUCCCCAGUACCAACCGCAGUUCUAUGAGAAGACAGUCCAAAUCUGGAGGCCGCCCACCCGAUGUAUUGACUGACUCAGCCACACCAUUCAACUACAACCCACAUCCUGUUGACAUGACGAACUUAACCCUGUCAAGAGAAAUGCAGAAUAUGGCCGAGCGGUUGGCGGAGAACGCCCACGACAUUUGGGCGAAGAAGAAGAAGGAGGAGCUUGUUACUAAUGGAGGUGGAAUACACCCUCAGCUAGUUCCCUACGACCUCCUCACAGACAAGGAAAAGAAAAAAGACCGCGAACGUUCCCAGGAGUUCCUCAAAUACCUUCAAUACCAAGGCUACAAAUUACACCGGCCGAGCAAAGUGAGCGACAGCACUGAACAAACCACUACCGGUGUAGCAAUAGAGUUGAGAUUCGCUUACUCGCUACUCGAGAAACUGAUUCAGUAUAUAGACAGAGCGACUAUUAAUAUGAAGCUGUUGAAACCGUCUACCACUUUCAGUAGAAGGACCAGUUUUAAAACUAGUACAAGGGAUAUUAAGUUCUUUUCAAAGGUGGUUUUGCCUCUGAUGGAGAAAUACUUCUCCACCCAUCGCAACUACUUCAUAGCGGUGGCAACGGCUACGAACAACGUCGGAGCCGCCAGCUUGAAGGAGAAGGAGAUGGUUGCUGCGCUGUUCUGUAAGCUGGCCAGCUUAUUGAGAUCCAGACUGGCUGCUUUCGGUCCCGACGUACGCAUCACAGUACGGUGUCUGCAAGUCCUGGUGAAGGGUAUCGACGCCAAGUCCCUCGUCAAGAACUGUCCCGAGUUCAUCAGAACCUCCAUGCUGACAUUCUUUAACAACGUGGCUGACGAUGUGGGACAUACUAUCGUAAAUUUGCAAGAUGGUAAAUAUGCACAUCUUCGCGGCACCCACCUGAAGACAUCUACCUCUCUAGGCUACAUCAAUGGGGUGCUACUUCCCAUACUGACCGCCAUGUUUGAUCAUCUGGCCAACUGCGAGUAUGGGGCCGACCUCUUGUGUAAGUAUACCAUCUAA